AUGGCGAAAGCCAUUGUAGAGGUACUACCGAAUACAACUCAUAGGUUGUGCUUGUGGCACAUUCUCCAAAAGUUUCCUGAACACUUGGCCUAUGUAUAUAACAAGUUUCCGGACUUUCAAAGAGAUUUUCGUCAUUGCAUCCAUGAGACUAUUACAAUUGCUGAGUUCGAAGAGGAAUGGGCAUCGACAUUGAUGAAGUAUGAUUUAGGAGAAAAUAAUUGGCUGCAAAAUCUUUACAUUCGACGAGAAAAGUGGGUUCCGGCUUACUUGCGUUCAACAUUCUGUGCCGGGAUGUCAACAACUCAACGGAGUGAAAGUAUGACCAAUUUUUCAAAGACUAUGUUCGAUCUAGAUGAGUUGUUUGAUAGUCUACGGUACAUAUCAAGAAAAUUGUCCACAGAGGGUGAAAGCAAGACUUAUGGGGUGACACCCUAUGGUAAAGAAACACCUAUUUACCAUGUCAUGUUGGAGAGUGGUGAAGGUGUUGCGACAUGUACGUGCCAGAAGUUGGAGUUUAUGGGGAUUUUCUGCAAGCAUAACUUGUGUGUUUUUGGCAAAAAAGGGAUCUUCGGCCAACAUCUGUCAACCUGUCACAACCAAUGUAAUUGCAAGGUUUUAUAUGGAAGUCUGCGAGUAGAUCAUGCGAGUCUUGAGUUUGUGGAGAAUUCCUUUAUUGUCAAGUUUUAA